AUGCCUGUGAACCGCCCGUUAUCUCCUUCACUGCGAAGUCAAGCUGCGGGCUUUCAAGGUCAAGUGGAUGAUAGCUGGACCAAGUUAAGACCUGGCACAUCUCCAGCUGCCUGCACUUCACCGGGGAGUGAAUCCUUGAGGACGGCUCGGCCCUGGACCGUGUCUCUGGCCUCCGUGAAGUCCUUCACCAGCGGAUCCCUAGCGGCGGACAGCUGGAGCGAGUUGUUGUCCAAGGGCUUCGAGAAUGAUGGCCUGGGCGGCUUGGGACCAGCGAUUCCGGAGCCCUUGAACCCCAAAACCGAGAUCAAGUCUCGAAGUCUGGUCACCAAAGUGGCCGAGACCUGUGACGAAUAUCGCUUGCGAAAACGCGAGGAUGACCUGAGGGCCUUCCAUGGCAUCUGCUCCAACAUGUCGUUCCGCCGACCCCGCGGCAUGGACAUCCUGUCGGAUCGCGCCAGAGCUGCGAGGAAACCCCCGGAACCACUGGCGGAUGGCUUCGUGGUACGUGGCCCAACAGGUCAAACAGCCUCUGAGAUUGCGACACAGACACCACUUCUACAGACCUUGGAUAGUGAACACUUCACGCUGAUCACCCGGCUGAUCGAAGCGGAGGCCAUGCAUUUCGUGUCGGUGAUCGGUGGACAACUUCUCUUCAGGGAGAAGGAUCCGGUGGAGAAUGCAUAUAUCGUCCUAUCGGGGUCGGUGCAGCAAUACUCCGAGGACCACAACUUCUUGCGGAGCAUGGGCUGGCAUCCCCAUGAACAGACCGAAGAGGAUGAGAAGCUACGGCUCAACCGACAAGCUUCUUCGAGGUCGCAGCUAGGUGACGUUGCAUCUGCCAUGGACUGUUUGGAGGACGAGGAGGAGGUCAACCCCAAGGAUUUUUUGACCCUGACGGAAUAUGUUCGCAAGAAGGGCAUGCCGGAUCUGCAACAGAGGUUCCGCACUCUAGAAGGGCACAGUACUUUCUGCCAGGAAGGCACUGAUGAGGCGACGCCUCUGGUGCCCAAAGAUGGCGAGGCCUUGAAACGCCUGGCUGUGCUGGCCAGUUGCGUUGGAAUCCUGGUGCCCAAAGAUGGCGAGGCCUUGAAACGCCUGGCUGUGCUGGCCAGUUGCGUUGGCUUCCUGGCGGAUUCCUAUGAUCUUUUCACCAUCGAUCUGGUGGUGCUGAUUCUGGAGCUUCACUAUGGUGAAGCCUUGAUUUCUGCCAAAUCUAAGGCCUUGAUGGUCAGCACCAUGUUGUUUGGGGUGGUGGCUGGUCAGCUGUUGUUCGGCGCCCUGGCUGAUCGCUGGGGCCGGAAGUGGACCUUCGUCAGCACCGCGGGGCUGACCGUCUUCAGCUGCCUGGCCUCGGCGCUCUGCGGCGACGGCGACGGACAGGCGUUGCCAGCGUUGCCGGUGCAGCUGGCGCUGUGUCGCUUCGUGCUGGGAUGCGGGGUGGGGGGAGAAUAUCCCUUGUCUGCAACGGUGGCUUGGCGAUCUCCGGCACCCAGGGAAGAACCCGCUGAGAUCUUCGUUUUGGGGGCCUUUUCAAUGAUGCAGGUUUCCGCCGAAGCAGUCGCGGAUGGCAACAGUCGUGGCCAAGUGAUGGCCUUAGUGGUGUCAAUGCAGGGCUUUGGCAUGUUGCUGGCGUCGCUGCUGGCACUGUUACUGCUGCACUUUGGGGGCCUCUCCCUGGAGGCCCUCUGGCGGCUUUUGUUGGCCUUUGGCGCUAUCCCCUCUGCGAUCGCCUUUUGCCUCCGUUGGCAGCUCACGGAAUCGGAGGCCUUCCAGGAGUCCCAGCGAUCCAAGGUGCGCUUGGAACAAAGUCACGGGCAGAAGGUGCUGGAAACGCUCGGCUCAUAUUGGCAUCUACUGCUCGGAACCUCCAGUGCUUGGCUGCUGAUGAAUCUGUUCAUGUACAGCUUGGGCUCCUUCAAGAGCAGCAUUUUCGUGGCGGCGAUUCACAGCACUGCCGCGGCUGACCAGGUCUGGGAUCAGGCAUUGUUCGCAAGCCUCACGAGCGCCUUUGCCAUCGCGGGCUUUGCAGCUGGCUUUCUGCUGAUCCGCUCCACCAGCCGUUUCUACAUGCAGUUCUAUGGCUUCCUGGCCCUCUCUGCCAUCUUCUUGGGAGUGAGUGUUUUCACCCAGCUGCAGCCGAAUCCUUCAGCCAGCUCUCUGCUGAUGAUCAUGGGCCUGGUGUUCUUCCUGUUGAACAGCGGCCCGAACCUCACCACCUACAUCCUCUCGGCCGAAUGCUUCCCCACCUGCUGCCGUGCCACCUGCCACGGCGUCUCCGCCGCCUGUGGCAAGCUGGGCGCCUGCGUGGGCACCGCGGCCUUUCCGCUGCUGCAACGCUACUGCGGUAUGCCUGCAGUGUACCUGGCCUGUGGAGCAGCCUCGGCACUUGGCGCCUUGGUGACCUAUGGCUUGACCCCGCGCGAUGGCGUCAUGGCACCUUGGCACCAGCAGAGGUGUGAACAGUUCCUGGGGCUUGGCAGCUUGUCCUUCUCGAAGAAUGGCCCAGAGCUGGGCGCACGUCGAUCUGACCUGGUUUCGGAGACUCAUCAGCGCGUGGCGAGGGAAUCGCUGACGCCCAUCCGAAGUGUUCGCGUGGUGUUACCAUGUGGACAGUUGUUGGCCGACGUGUGGCAGGCGAAUCCAGCUGCCACCCUCGCAGAUGUGAUGAGUGAACCACGCACCGGACAUUCCGAAGUUCCCGAGCCCGUGAAACGUUCGUGGCGAACGCUGUCCCGUGCGGCGUUGGGAAAAACCACCAGCAUUUCUCACAUUGCUGGGGCUGAAAUCUUGCGAAAUCCUGGAAAAGGUGAUCUCUGGUGUGUAGAUGGAAGCUAUGGCAACCUCUACAACACCGCUACUUCGGGGUCGCUGGUGGGUGAGCCCGCCCUGAAAGCAGAGAAGCUCUGGCGUUCCACUGCCAUGUGUCUGAAAGAUUGCGAGUUCCUGGUGAUCGAUGGCACCAUCUUCCAAAACGUGCUGAAGUCGCGCCUUGGACCGUUGGAGGGGAGCUUGGAGCAGGAUCGUCAUCUCCGGCUUGAAGCGGAUGUUGAAGCGUGCGGCGCUGGUGAGGAUGAAGGUUUUGAAGCUUCCACCAGUGAAGGCACUUCAAGGCCGAGCCAAGCCAAGAUCUCCGGCCUGGAGUCACUGGAGACGGAUCUCGAAUCCUGCGACUCCGAGAUCACUCCACGUGCGAAGGUUCAGGUUCCGGUGUGGCGGGAUCCCAGUAAUCUGGGUCUCGUGCUCCAUAUGUGGUCCUCUGGCUUCGUCGUCAACGGCUUGGUUGCCAUCAGCACCGGCGUCCUUGCGGGUUAUUUGAAUGUCCCUAGCUACAUCGUGAAUGGUGCAACCAGCCUUACUGGUGCGCCAUUGAUCUUCUCAGCACUGUUGGGUGCACUGUCGGAUGCCAAACCCAUUUUGGGCUUUCAUCGGAGGCCGUACAUGUCGCUUGGGUGGGGCAUUGUAUUUGCAUCGCUGUCGCUUCUUGCAUGUACGGGACUGCCAGAGCCCUACUACUGUCAUCUGCCAGAUGGCACCUACCUGCUGGAUGAUCCUCCCUGUAACGUUUCGGCCGCCCUGAGCUACGCGCCGCUGAUGUGUUGCUCACUGCUGGCCACCCUGGGGCUGGCCAUUGCCCAAGCCGCUGGGGAUGGGCUGCUGUUGCAGAUCGCCAAGGGCGAAACGGAGGAACGCCGCGGCGAGACGCAGGCCAUGCUGUUGAUGGUCAUGUGCUCCGGACGCUUCUGCGCGAGUUUCCUCGCGGCCUUCGGCUUCAACGGAAAGCUCUUCACGGGAUCCUUCGACCAACGGGACCAGCUGGACUUCUCACAAUACGUAGCAGUCUUCCUGGGCCCUGCAGCCUUGACAUCGGUGAGCUGCAUCUUUUUAAUCGAGGAAAAGAAAGCACAGAAGGGUUCCAUGCGACAAUUCUGGAGGUCCAGUUUCCAUUUAAUGGAAGGCAGGGCUUUUGCAUCCAUCGCAACCUACCUUUUCCUGAGCUCCAGCAUUUUCGGCAUCCGAACCAAUGCUGGCACCUGGGUCUCGAUCCAAUGGGCCAACGUGAAAAUUAUUCAGAGCCAAUUAGCCGGCCUGGUGGGGAUCAUUUUCGUGGCGCUUGGAACAUGGCUCACACAGAAGUAUUUCCUGAACGUUUCUUGGCGCAAGAUCAUCUUGGGCGCUUCGCUGGCCAUUGCAUUCUUCGAUGCCAUCCCGCAGUUCCUGACCAUCUUCGAUAUCCUCAGAGAUCCCUAUUUCUACUUGGGCGAACCGAUCGCCAAAGAAGUCCCUGUGGCGAUGAUGGCUCUGGUGACGAAUUUGAUCGCCAAUGAAGUGGCGGAUGAGGAGAACUGUGCCAUGGUGAUCGGAGUGCUAAAGAGCAUUUCCAGUAUCGCGAACCCCUUGGCCGUCCUUUUGAGCAACCAAAUCUUUGGUUCCUUCCAUCCGUCCAUCACGGAGCGGCAGAACUACAUUGAGGACCAUCCAUCCUUUCGACUGACCGUGGCGGAAACAUACCUCCUAUCUUAUGCCUUGAGUUUGUUUUGCUUGUUUUUUCUACCCUUGUUGCCGUCUCAAAAAGCAGAUGCGCAACGCCGUAAGAGAGACUGGCCCUACCGAAGGCAUUAUGCCAUCAUCGGAUGUGUGGUUUUGAGCUCAGCCUUCCUCUAUGCUUUCGUAGGGGAUGUGUUGAUCUUAGACAAAAACUUGGCAUGCUUGCGUUUCUUGGGCGGCAAAGGCUGCUGA